GCAAGAUGAACAAAAACUUCACCCGCAUUGUAUUUUCCCAACUAAUACUUCUCUGAUGUGAUUGUUUGGCAAAAGAGUUGUGUCUACACUGAGGCAUUCAACAGUUUGUUACCAAACAAUAGAUGUGUGUUUAGCAGCUCUGACUCAACACAAACUCCCAGACCACAUCUUUAGUUACAGGGGAUGUUCUUUAAUGAGAACCUUAAUCGAUGGAGUAGCGGCGUACCUGUGUAAGUUUUGUGGAAACUGAAGCAGCAGGGAGGAAUACGAGAGUGACAGGAUCAAGGUGAAGGUCAUUGCUCCAGGCUGGUUGAAACUGAAAGGACAAUAUGGCGGCAAAUGAAGAGGAAAUUGUAAUGACCCCAUCCAAAAAGGGGAAGGCCACCAGAAUAAAGAUAGAGAGAAAGCGGAGGAAAGAGCUGGACCCCACCCAGAUAGCUCAUGAGGCUGGAGGGCAGCAUAAAGGACUGGUGGUGGGAAAAGACAUUGGAGAAGACAAAGAUGACGCAUCCCCACAGUUACAGCUAGAGUUCAAGUGUUGGUUAGAAGAUGCCAAAUCUGGAAUGCACAUACCAGAAGGCCGCCUGAUCAAGUUCUGGUUCGUAGAUACUGCGUCGUACCUAGAUCGUGUAACCACAGCCUAUGAAUUUUUCAGGGAUUUAGUUCAGCCGCAUGAUUUCCCCAGAGAUUAUGUGGGUUUUAUCAAGAAAUGCAUGAAACUGAUGCAGAACCCCAUGUAUUCACAAGCUAGGAAAGUGGACAUUGAGUUAAAGCCGCUGGACGAGGAAGAGGCACCAAUGUCUCCAGGCGGAGAAUUUCUAGUAGAAGUAGGACAAGGCGAUAGUAAUGGUUUGCAGAAAGUUGACAAGAGGUCGGAUGAGGAGAUUGCCAGGGAGAAGGUUCUCACCACACUAGAGACCGCCUAUCCCAAUGUGCUCUCUGUGGAUGACAUUGUACAGAUGACUAGUGUGGACACUGGCCUGGUGUCCAUGGUGCUGGACGAGCUGAAGACCAAGAGCCUGAUUGUCCAGAUGGACCAGGGAAGCUGGAUGAGACAGGUGCAUAAGGAUGCCAAGACAGAGGUGAAGGUUGUCAAACAAAUGCCCAUAAUUCAGCGGGCCCAGCAGCCUACCAUAGCCAUCAUCACCUCCAACUACUACGAGAAGAUUGCCGUGGACUCCAUGAUGGAGGAGAAGACCACGUUCAUGAGAUAUAAGGGCACUGGAGGUGAAUCCAAUGUAUACACACUAGGCUAUAUAGGGGAACACAGAGUUGUGUCCACCAAACUGCCCAUGAUUGGUCACUCCAGAGCGGCAAAAAUAUCCACUGGUAAUACCACCACCAGGUUGUUAGGCACAUUUGCUCAGGUCGACCACGUGAUGUUGGUUGGUUGUGGCGGUGGCGUCCCCCACUUCACCGACUUCUACAAGCACUGUCGCCUGGGUGACGUGGUCAUCUCCACCCCCAACCAGAAGGGCUACAUGUACAUCUACUGCGACAAGGUGGUCCAGGACAAGGACAACCAAGUCCAGUACACCCUGAAGAGCUGGUCCCCGCACGACUUGCUACUGCAGCGCAUAUCGGAACAGAUGAAGGAGCAGUUUGAGGCCAAUCCUGAUGUGCGUCCCUGGGACGUGUGCAUUGAAGAAGGGCUGCAGCUGUUGGGGACACAGGAGCAAGACUUCUCGCGACCACCUGCAAGCUCCGAUAAGCUGUUCAUGAAUGUGGGCGGAAGUGAUGUCAUCGAGGUGGGUCACCCACCAGCGCCGGAGAACGAUAAGUUGUACAAAGCAGAUGCCCCCGACCAUUCGUUUUGGCACCAUAGGGUCAGGGCGCCAGGUCGUUGCCAAAGACUAUUUACGCCAGGACUUUGCGUACCGUCAUAAUAUUAUUUGCUUCGAUAAUGAAUUCGACCAGGUUCUGGAGUCCAUCUGUGGGAAUGUGAAGGAGAGUUUCAUCUUUAUCCGCGGUAUUUCUGAUUACCUGGAUGGUUCUCGCAGCAAGGGUUGGCAGGCGUAUGCAGCACUGGCAGCAGCAGGCUACAUGAAGGCCCUCAUCUGUAACAUCCCUACUGGCACAAGUUAGAUUGCAUGCGUCACACCCAACACAAUUUGCUGGUCACAUCUAACACACUGCCAAAGGUGCCGCCAUAGAACUCCAGAAGAGAAGGCAGAGUAUUUGUGGUAUUGCUUGAAUAGUAAAAAUGUGCAGUGUGGUGCUUUGAAUGCAUUAGUUGUGACACUGACGUGUCUUCUACACCACAGUGCAGUGACAAUUUUUCCCCAAUUUGAAGGAACACAAUUUACAUGAUUACAAUGGUGUUAUUCUUAUCAAGUACAUUCAGGAGUAGCGUCUUUUAGGAAAUUAUUGCUGUCAUUAUUUAACUUGCUAUUUCUAACCCACAAAUGAGAGUCGAAUUAUUACAGUGUGCUUAUGAAUACACGCUUUUGUAUGCUUUCUGAUUUGUUUUUGUUUUGUUCUAGUCAAGCUAUUAUUGUGCUAUUCCUGUGCUAUCAGUAGACUCAUGCUUAUGGUUUGCUACAGUUAUUAGAUAUGUUGCUUGUGAAAAUAUAUUUAAAUAAAAGCAGCAGCUUUUUUAUACAAAUCUUAAAGAAAGAGAGAACUGCAAGUAACAUAAAAAACGCAUUUAACCAGUGCCGUCUACAGGCAUUUUACUCAACUGACCUGUUUUAUUUCCAGUAUGUAAUUAAGAAGUCUUACCUUAAGUAACCUUGUGAAAUACUUAUACAGAAUUAGUGCUGCACACUCCUAGGAAAGUUUUUUUUUUUUUCUGAAUCCUGUAAAAUGCACCCUUUUAUUAUACAGUGCACAUGCCAAUUAACUAUACUGACUACAUACACAUUGGUGUCAUACUUCACCUUUUAUUGACCAGACUUGUUAUAUGUAUAUGUAUUGUUAUUCAGCAAAUGACUAUGCUCAAUUGGCCCAUUAUGCUUGUGAUAUGCCAUAUAAAUAUGUAAAAUGUCCUGAGCAUGUAGUCUGCUUGGUAAAAUGCUUAUCUUAUAGAAAGUUCAUCACAUUUUGAAUGAAUAGUUUCUGUAGUAGCUGAUCCAAAAAUGCCUCCGAUUUGUUCGAAUUUUUUUUUCUUUUUUCUUUAUUGUUUAUUUAUUUUAUUUAUGUGAUAUUUGAAAUUGCAGUAUCAUUGAACUACCGCCCACAGUGACGAGGUAAUGUUGUUGAACAUUACAGCAUCUGUAUAUGGUUAUACCAAUACUUAGUUAUACCAAUAAUAUCUUCACUGUCCAGUAUUCAUGCCUAUAUGUAAUGAGGUGUAUCUUGCUGGAGAGGAGAGUGUUUUGCAAUGUGGCAUUUGGCACAACAUUUCCACUACUGUCUAUUCAUUAUUAUUAUUUUUGUUAUUAUCAGCAUUUAUUGUUUGGUUGUUUACUUAUUUAUUCAUUUAUUUAAACAUUAGCACUUGCUAAAUUUUUUGACAGCCUACCAUUAAAUAAAUGUAGUAUGUGUAUAGAUUUGCUUAUAAUAUGUAUGUAAUAUGUACCAAGGAUACCUCACUGCCAAAUAGGUAAGCCAUAAGAGGGGAAGUAAGAUAUCGUAGUAGUAGUAGUAGAAGUAGUGUUGAAAUGCAUAUUUGGUAAGAGAAGGGGUUAGAAGAAAGUGUUGACCAUUUUGAGGACCUUUCACAAAGUAGUCAUAUCACGUUCUGUAUACUAUACUGCCGUAGACCCCUGUUUCUGUCAUCUUGAGGGGUUAAAUAUUAUAUCAGUUCCUCUUUACCUUCUCGAGUCUUAAUAACUGAUGUCACACAGAAAAUUGGAGAGGGCUUGUAGUCUUUACAACCACUGAUGUUUAUAGUGAACUUGUUUGUGCUUGAAUGAAAACGCAUCACACAGUUGUUUGUACUGUUGCUCUGUAUUAUAUUGCUCUUUUAAAUUUGCUGAAGUUCGUCUUUUUCUCUGGGGUGGGGUGUAAGAAGUAUUAGUAAGCGAUUUUCUUUGUUUACUUAUUUUUGGUAGAUAGAAUAAGACAAAAAUGCCUAAAAGACUUCAGCAAAUUCAUUUUCCUCUCUGAUUAUGUGUUACGUUACUUGUUGAUACUUGUGAACACGCCUCGUUACUGAAAUAUUGAAGCUUGUCUGUAUAUACUUGUGAUGAUUUUCAUUGUGAUCCAGAAUUAAAAGACUAUUCUUGACAAACACAUGCUGUUAAUUGUU